CACCACCACCGAGAUCUCUAAACAUGUCUCUUAGAUCAAGACCAACACCACCUACCACUGAACCAUCCACCACCGAUCCAGCCACCACCACCACCAUAAAACCCCCUCCGCCACCUCCCUCUGCUGUAUCUCAAACCCUAGCAAUCAUAGCCAACCUAGCCAACCUCCUCCCAACAGGCACUCUCCUAGCCUUCCAACUCCUCACCCCAAUCUUUACCUCCAACGGCGCCUGCGACUCCGCCACUGCCUCCCUCACUCUUCUCCUCAUCUUCCUCCUCUCCGCCUCCUGCUUUCUCACCUUCUUCACCGACAGCUUCAAAUGCUCGUCCAACAACCAAAUCUACUACGGAUUCGCAACAAUCAAAGGCAUGUUCUUCUUCAAUUAUCCAUCUUCUUCUUCAAAUGGAAUUCCAGAUCUCAGCAAGCAUCGCCUCAGAUUUAUCGAUUGGGUUCAUGCAAUUCUGUCUAUGCUUGUGUUUGGUGCUAUGGCUUUUAGAGAUAAGAAUGUGGUGAAGUUCUUGUAUCUGAGUCCUGGACAUGAAACUGAGGAGGUUCUAGACAUUGUUCCGAUUACGAUUGGGUUGAUCUGUACCUUGUUGUUUGUUGUGUUUCCUACUAGAAGACAUGGGAUUGGGUACCCUAUUUCUCUAUAA